UGACACCGGAUGCUAACACGGGCGGGCCAGCAACGCGGACAAGAGGAGGUAAGCAAGCACAUCGCGAAAAGAAGUUGCAUAAAAGAAAGCUAAUAAUUUCACCAGACAGUGAUUUGGACACACCCGGGGGAAACAUGCAGAAAAUGAAAAAAGUUGAUGUCGAUGCGGGCGGGCCAGCAACACGUACUAGAGCAGGUCAACAAUCACGGGCGGUUAGCAAAACAAAGAAAAUCGUGAAAAGGAAAUUAAUAGUCGACAGCGACUCAGAGAUGGCUGGAGAAUUCACCUUGGGUCACAAAGGCGAUGCGGUCGAGCCAGAGAAACAUGCAACUGUGGUGAGGGAAACAAAAAAAGAAAAACAAGAACGGGUGCUAAGGCGAAGUGGGAAACCACCAAAAAGCAAUAAUUGGCCAAAAAUAAAAACACGUUCAGCGCCUAUGCAAUUGUACAAAUGCAUCAAGUCUCUAACCAGUAAUCAACAAGAGGAUGUGAAGAGGAUGGGGUUUGGUAAGAUGCUAUCUUUCAACAUCAGUAGCAUACCUGCAAAGCUUGCACACUAUGUUGUGGAUCACUUCAAUACAGAAGAAAUGGCUAUCGAGAUGUCCUGUGGGUCAAUAAGUGUUGAUGUUGAGUCUGUGCAUGACCUUUUUGGAAUUCCUAACAAAGGCAUAAACAUGCAAAAUGUAAAACAAUCUGAGAAGCUUGAUGGUGCUGUUAUGGCAUGGCGAAAAAGAUACCGUUCACGAUUUGUAGCGCCGACAAAACUGGCACAAUCUAUAAGCACAAGUGAUGAAGACAAUAGUUUCAAUUUCCGUCUAGACUUCCUGAUGUUAUUCUUAACCGUCAUGGUUGAGUGUAAUAGAAAUGGGCGAAUGAAGGAGUGGAUUUUGAAAAGUUUAACUGGAAAUACGGAUUUCAGUAAAAUUAAUUGGUGUGCCUACGUCAUUCAGCAAAUUAAAUCUUGUAAAGACGGAUGGAAGAGGUAUGAUCCUGAUUCUCCAUUUUCAGGUCCACUCACGCUUUUGGCUCUGUUGUACGUUGACCGAGUUAAAUGCACCGGACUUGAAGUGGACCGGUCAAUCAACCCAAUCGUAUUGUGGAAUAAAAACGAAUUGAAAAAGAGAGAAAGAUUGGAGAUUAAAACAGGUGGGUUUGGAAGAGGCAGCUUGCAUGAAGUUGCUGUGGUUAAACGGGAUUUUAGGAAAACUGAGUUACGAGUUAAUGAUGAAGUUCUUAAUAAUGAGAUUGAAUCUAUUACAAAGCAUUUGGAUGUCAUGGAAGCCAAAAAGCUAACGGUACAAAAAAAGUUGGAGGUUGUGUUUAAUGCUCAUCCACGCAAUGUGCAAGUUCAGAAAUUGAUACAACGGUAUGAGAAGAUUGUUCACUCCAGGAAAACAAGGGUGUGGCUUGUGCCUGAUACCCCACAGAAAAAAAUUGCCGGGGUCCUCAUGUCUCUCAAGAAGACAAUGGAAACCCCUGAAAAUGAUUACACGGAAGAAGAUCAAGAUAAUGCCGCAACUGCAACUGAGGUGGCAAACGUUGAUGGUAUGAACUUUUUUGCAUACCUACUUAAAUUCAAUUAA